GUUUUGCAAUGGACAUGUGAGUAAACCAUUUCCGCUGUAAUGAUUUAGGGCAAACAGGAAUAACAAAGGAGGAAGACGAGCUUCAAACACAGCUGGUAACCAUUAAACACCACUCUCAGCCGUCAGUAAUGAUUCCCAUCUCCAGGCGAUACAAAACCCUAGUUUUUGAUGCAUAAACACUAUAUGGGUUAUCUCAAUAGAGCGUCCAAAGCAAUCCAAGUAGUCAAUCGCAAAUACAGACUCAGCCCCAAUCAUCACCGUCAUUGUUAUAGGUUAGGAUUACCUUAUUCUAGCUCAUAUGAACACGGAUUUUGCUCCAAUUCGCGGAAUAGUAACCGCAAAGACGAUAACAACGCCAUAGAUUUGAGCCAAUAUCCUACAGAAAAAAUUCGGAAUUUCUCCAUUAUUGCUCAUGUUGAUCAUGGAAAAUCUACACUGGCUGAUCGACUUCUUGAGCUUACUGGUACUAUUAAGAGAGGCCUUGGGGCCCAAUACCUUGAUAAAUUACAGGUUGAGAAAGAAAGAGGAAUCACUGUUAAAGCUCAAACAGCCACCAUGUUUUACAACUACAAAUCAAAAGAGAGCUCCACAAGCUAUUUACUGAACUUAGUCGACACACCUGGCCAUGUUGAUUUCAGCUAUGAAGUAUCAAGAUCUUUAGCUGCUUGCCAGGGUGCCCUUUUGGUAGUUGAUGCAGCUCAAGGUGUUCAAGCUCAAACAGUCGCAAACUUUUACCUUGCAUUUGAAUCCAACCUUUCAAUAAUACCAAUCAUAAACAAAAUCGAUCAACCAACAGCUGACCCUGAUCGAGUCAAAUCCCAGUUGAAAUCCAUGUUUGAUCUUGACCCAAGUGAUGUACUUUUAACCUCUGCUAAAACCGGUCAAGGUCUUGAACAUGUGAUUCCGGCUGUAAUAGAGCGGAUUCCGCCUCCUCCCGGAAUGUCUGAUUCCAAUCUUCGUAUGUUUCUGUUGGAUUCUUAUUACGAUGAGUAUAAGGGGGUGAUAUGUCACGUGGCGAUUGUUGAUGGGUCUUUGCGUAAAGGUGAAAAGAUUACAUCAGCUGCAACGGGUCAAUCUUAUGAGGUUUUGGAUGUUGGAAUCAUGCAUCCAGAACUUCGGAGUACUGGAUUCCUUUUGACUGGUCAAGUUGGGUAUAUGGUUAGUGGUAUGAGGUCAACUAAGGAGGCGCGUGUUGGAGAUACAUUGUUUCAUAACAAAACUAUUGUAGAGCCUCUACCAGGGUUCAAGGCUGCAAAACAUAUGGUUUUUUCUGGACUUUAUCCUGCUGAUGGAUCUGAUUUUGAAGGAUUAAAUAAUGCAAUUGAGAGAUUAACAUGUAAUGAUGCAAGUGUCUCUGUUGCUAGAGAGAGUAGUACAGCACUUGGACUAGGUUUCAGGUGUGGGUUCUUAGGAUUACUCCACAUGGAUGUUUUCCAUCAGCGGCUUGAGCAGGAAUAUGGAACUCAUAUUAUUUCCACUGUUCCAACUGUACCAUAUAUCUUUGAGUAUUCAGACGGGAGCAAAGUAGAGGUUCAAAAUCCAGGUGCUUUCACUGCAAACCCUAAAAUCCGAGUGGUUGCUUCUUGGGAACCUACAGUAUUGGCAACAAUUAUUAUCCCCAGUGAGUAUGUGGGAGCUGUUAUUACUCUUUGCUCUGAAAGAAGAGGGGAACAAUUAGAGUAUUCAUUUAUCGAUAGUCAAAGGGCAUUUAUGAAGUAUAGGUUACCCCUAAGGGAAAUUGUUGUUGACUUCUACAAUGAACUAAAAAGUAUUACAUCUGGUUAUGCUUCAUUCGAUUAUGAAGAUUCAGAGUAUGUGGCUUCUGAUGUGGUGAAACUUGAUGUUCUUUUGAAUGGACAACCUGUUGAUGCAAUGGCAACUAUUGUUCAUAAUUUGAAAGCACAACGUGUUGGUCGUGAACUUGUAGACAAACUCAAGAAAUUUAUCGAUCGACAAAUGUUCGAGAUCACAAUACAAGCUGCCGUUGGAUCAAAGGUCAUUGCUAGGGAAACGAUUUCGGCUUUGAGAAAGAACGUUCUUGCAAAAUGUUAUGGUGGAGAUGUGACAAGGAAGAAGAAAUUGUUGGAGAAACAAAAAGAAGGAAAGAAGAGAAUGAAGCGUGUUGGUGUAUAUUUUAGGAUUUAG